CUGGAGCUUGCAGCUUCCUGCUGCUGUGCACCCACAGAUGCAGCACACAUACAACAAGAGAUGCAACGUUGAAGCAAUCAUGUUACAUGUUUCAGCAAACACACACACUCCUGUCUCUAAAAUCAACUCCGUAACUAUGUUGCCAGUGAAGAGGGUCUCCUCUUGGCCCUGGCUGUUGGUCACUCUGGAGUGUUCCCUGUCGCUCAAAGGAGCCUUGUGCCCUUGGUGACAUGAGCCCAGCUGGCAGCUGCCCCUGGGGUGUGGCUUCCCUGGAGGAGGUGAUGGAGACAUCUCCUCUUCCGUCUGCCCACGUCUGGCGGUUUCUGGCUGCCUCUAGCUCUCUUCUCUCCCUCCCAACACAGUGUGCAUGCAUGGGCAAUAGAGGCAGGGAGAAGAGGACUCUACUCUGAACACGGCAAAGAGUGGAGAGACUGACAGCCAAAGACUGUGGCGCAGUGUAUGUGGGAAAGCUCUUCAGCACACAGCAGGUAGACCCGGAGUGUUCACUCUACCAACGUCAGACUCCUGCUGAACAGCCCUGGGUGGAGCAGGACAGACAGAGCUCAGGAGAGAAUUCUGCCUACAGUCCGGCCGAGGGCACACUCAUCUUUGCACACGGGCCCUUUUCUUUGGAAGCAAAGGCACAUGGCAGCAAGUCGCAGGAUCACCACACUGCUAAAGGACACAGCCAAGCCAGCGUCUGUGAGCACUGUAGACCAGGAUUGCACUUUGUCCUGAGUUUCUGAAGGCCCUGCUUCUAGAACCUGUUGUCAAGAAGCUCUGAAUGUUGGCAUGUUCCUGGUUAAAUCAGAGGUGGGGUGCUGCAGAGCCCAGGUUUUUGCACCGAUUGCUGGGGACUCCUGGCAUGUUGGUUCCACCGAUGCUGAGCUCCGCAGGGACCAUGUGGCUUCUGCAGCCUUCAGGGAAACCCCAGUGGGAGGGGUCACUUCCUCCCUUGAAACAGCCCAGCCCAAGUGGACUGAGCACAUGGCUGUCCCAGCGGACCUACAUGAAACCCCAAGACCGAGGCAGGUAGAUCCUCUUGCAGGGCCCACACUCCCCUCAUCCAGCUCCCUCUAGCCUGCAUUUCUAAGGCAGCUCCAAGUUCCAGGGUUCAGAGGGGUAUAUUGGAAGGUGCUUGCAGCUGCCCCUCCCCUGCACGUCGCUAGCCUGCUCCCCGUUUCUCUGUCCCAUUCUGUCUGCACACGCCCUGGCUGCUGCAUGUGUAUCUGAACGUGACUCAGCAGCUCUACCCGAGGAGAAGCUCCAGGCCUCUAGACCCUCCAUCCACACUUGCACCACCCACACUCUGUCUCUGCCAUGUCUGCUGGGGACAGCAGGAAUACCAUCUCCCUGCCCCCAACAAGCCGCCCAGGCCCAUGCAGCACCCAAGUUCCCCUUUGGCAUGGCCCAGGCCCACACUCACCCAGCAGCUUCCUGUUGCUCUCACUUGGCCACACCUCACAUUUGAGACAUUUCUUUGCCUAGAGUGAGACCAGAACCCCGACUCAAUGCUGCCGCUGCUGCUGCUGCUACUGUCCCUGCUGCGGGAGGGGUCCCUGCAGCAGAAACCAGGCUAUGAGCUGCAGGUGCAGGAGUCGGUGACAGUGCAGGAGGGUCUGUGUGUCCUCGUGCCCUGCUCCUUCUCCUACCCUGAGAUCAGGACUUAUUUGACAAGCCCUGCCGAGCCUUUUCUCUUCUGGUUCCGAGACGGGGACAAUGUCUACACUCAAGCUCCUGUGGCCACCAACAAGCCAGAUUGGCCAGUAAGGCCUGAGACGAAGGGCCGGUUCCACGUCCCCAGGGACCUCAGCACCAACAACUGUUCCCUGAGCAUCACAGAUGCCAGGAGGGAGGACACAGGGAGGUACUUCUUCCGAGUGGAGAAGGGAAGCAAUGUCAAAUACAACUACAUCUGGAAUAAGCUGUCUCUGAAUGUGACAGCCCUCACAGAGAAGCCCCACAUCCAGCUCCCGGCAACCCUGCAGUCUGGCCACACCACACAGCUGCACUGCAGCCUGCCAGGACACUGCCCACAGGGGAGAACUCUCAGCUUCUCCUGGAAGGGCAGUGCCCUUGACUCUCAGACUCCCUGGAGGGCAUGGUCCUCCUUGUUGCUCCUCACACCGAGGCCCCAGGACCACGGCACCAACCUCACCUGUCGGGUGCAGUACCUCGGCAGUCAGGUGACCACGGAGAGAACCGUGCAGCUCAAUGUCUCCUAUCCUCCUCAGAACCUCAGCGUCAGCGUCUUCUUCCAAAACAGCACAGGUAGGGAAACCUCUGCUCCAGGGACUGGGAU